CUCAAGCUGGACCUUUCUAUUUCCCCGCGGGUGGCUGCUGCAGUAACUUGAAGAGGAGAGCACCCAUGGGACUGUAUUUGUUACCUGAGCAAUAAGAAACGAGCAGGUUAGCCUCUCUGUGCUUGCUAGAUUUGCUUGUAUUCGUUUCUAGCUAUUGCUCAUGUAAUGCACUCCCUUAACCAGGAAAUUAAAGCAUUCUCCCGGAAUAAUCUCAGGAAGCAAUGCACCAGGGUGACAACGCUAACUGGAAAGAAAAUUAUAGAAACAUGGAAAGAUGCCAGAAUUCAUGUUGUGGAAGAAGUAGAGCCGAACAGUGAGGGUGAUUGUGGUUAUGUGCAGGACCUUAGCUUGGACUUGCAAGUUGGCGUAAUUAAGCCAUGGUUGCUCCUGGGGUCACAAGAUGCUGCUCAUGAUCUGGAUACACUAAAAAAGCACAAGGUGACUCAUAUUCUCAAUGUCGCAUAUGGAGUUGAAAAUGCUUUCCUCAGUGAUUUUACAUAUAAGAGUAUUUCUAUAUUGGAUGUGCCAGACACCAAUAUCCUAUCUUAUUUUCCAGAAUGUUUUGAAUUUAUUGAACAAGCAAAAAUGAAGGACGGAGUGGUUCUUGUUCAUUGUAAUGCAGGAAUUUCCAGGGCUGCUGCAGUUGUAAUUGGCUUCCUGAUGAAUUCUGAAGAAAUCUCAUUUAACAGUGCUCACUCUUUGGUGAAAAAUGCAAGGCCUUCCAUAUGUCCAAAUGCUGGCUUCAUGGAGCAGCUUCGUGCAUAUCAACAGAGCAAAGAAAGUAAAAAGUGUGACAAAAUACAGGAAUUAAAAGGCGACAGCAGUUCAUGAGCUUCAUUCUAGCAGAUGAAGGACAACUGCAAUUUUUGAAUUGGCCUCUAUACUUACCUUUUCCCUUAUUUGGAAAGUAAACUAGUAAAAACUUCUCCUUUUUCAAGUGGAAAAGGAGGUCAUUUUGAGUGUCUUGAGUUAGUAUGUAAAUGAAUUUUUGAAUUAUAUUACUUUUUCUUUAUAUUAUACUUAGUGAUUAAAUGCUUCUUUGAAUUGUUAAGGGAAAAUAAUAAUGUAUUACCAAUCAGUGAUUUCAGUAGAAGAAAAAAGUUUAGAUUUAGAUUCUGUGUUAGAGCAUGGGAAGAAUAAAUUAGUGUAUGAAGCCUUUUAGUAUUUUUUCUAUUCCAGCAACUGUUUUUAUGAAAGAAAAAAAUCUGAAGUGCUACUUGAUUUACUAUUUUAGAGGGAGGUAAAUUUCUUUGCAAAGAAUCUUUUUAGGAUUAAAAAUGAAUAACAUAAACCUCACCAAAGAGAUAAUGAUAUUCUGAAGUUUUCCACUAUAUUUAUAUUGUGGUUAUAAUAUUCACAAAAUUUUUAUAUCCUCUUGUGAAAACUUACUUUUCAUUUUUUAAUUUAAUUGUGUCUCCUGCAUCCCCCCACCCCCCAACUUUUAAAAAUGUAUAUAUAGAUGCUCUCUCUUACAUUAUUGUGAGUUUAUAGUUCUUGUGAGAUUAGGUUAUCUAGUCUCUGACUUUGUGUGCUUCUGUUCCUUACAUCCUGCUUUUGGGUAUGAUGUCAUAAUGUUUGGUCUCCUUGGAUAUGUGGGAAAAUAUUUCAUUCUGAAAGAUCAUUUUUUUAGAAAUGAUUUGUUGAAUCAAAUAAAGUGAUUGGUUUUCUGUUUCAAUACUCUUCUCUACUAGAGAACAUUUUUUUUUAGGGAAAAAAGUUAUAAUUUCAUCAGAAAUUUAAAAUAAGAUGUUUGGAGACCUAAUAUCAUUUAUAAUUCCAUUUCUGGC